GACCCCGAGGCCACGGCUUAAACAGAUGCCCCGCCGCAUCAUUUUGGCGCUAGAAGGAGGGCCCCGAAAGUCGAGGGAUCAUCCAACUGGCUCAGACGAGCUCACAGUUGAGGGGUCACACCUGAUCGGAGCUCCGGGGGAAAGUCCCCCGCAUGGAGAUCUUCGAGACGAACACCCCGUCGCGACCGCAGAACGCUACUGGUGUCUGUCCAACGACCCGGGUCUGCUUCCGCCCGAGCGCACCCCCAGUGACCCCUCGCACGUGUCGCUCAAGGCCUUCCAGGACCUCGCUCAACAAGUCCGAGCGCUGACGGGAAUAGUGCGAACCAUUAUCUCGCUCGGUGCACCCCCCUACGACCCGACCACCGCGGCAACGAGAGCCGCCCGCUCGGGCCCGCCCUGCCUCAGUCUCUUCCAAGCGAAGGCUCCAUGUUUACCUGACCGCCUCUUGGCCCACACCUACCUGCGCCGAGCUCCUCAGCCAUGCACUGCCGAGUCCAUCUCAGGGCGGCUUGCCCAUCUGGGUCACGUCCCUCGGCCGUAGCUCGCCUACGCCAAGCUUCUCGGCCAUACGCUGCCGAGUUCACCUCAGCGCGGUCUGCCCGCCUGAGCAGUGUCCCUCAGCCACACCGCCGAGUUCACCCCACGCGGCCUGCCCGCCUGUGUCGUGCUCCUCGGCUCAUAGCCCGAGUCGCUCCAGUUCGACCUCCGACUUGCGACUCGCCAGCUUGGCUCAUAGCCUGAGUCGCUCCAGUUCGAUCUCCGACUUGCGACUCGCCGGCUCGGCCCAUAACCCGAGACACGCCUACGCGGCCUGCCCGCCCGCGUCAUAUUCCUCGGCAACGUGUUGCCCGAGACCACCUCUGGUUAGCUUGCCCGACGGAGUUGUGCUCCUCGGCUGCGUGUCGACUGAGACACGCCCACGCGGUCUACCCGCCCGUGUCAUGCUCCUCGGCUCAUAGCCCGAGUCGCUCCAGUUCGACCUCCAACUUGCGACUCGCCGGCUUGGCUCAUAGCCCGAGUCGCUCCAGUUCGACCUCCGACU